GUAAAAUUACUAUGGGCACCAGUUGUUGAUUCUGUCUAUUGGAAAGCUUUGGGGCGAAGAAAAUCAUGGAUGAUACCUUGUCAGUAUCUUAUUGGAUUGUUUAUGUUGUUUAUUUCGUAUAAAGUCGAUUCUAUGAUGGGUUUAAGUGACCUUGAACCGAAAGCACCAAAUGUUGUGCUAUUAUUGUUGUGUUUCUUGCCACUCAAUUUUCUGGCAGCUACUCAAGAUAUUGCUGUAGAUGGAUGGGCACUAACUAUGUUAUCAAGGAAAAAUGUAGGGUAUGCUUCUACAUGUAAUGCAGUUGGGCAAACGACAGGUUUUUUUUUGGGUAAUGUCGUCUAUCUGACGCUAGAUUCCCCAGAUUUUGCAAAUCGCUUUUUCCGAUCAAAGCCACAGCCUUAUGGUUUGAUAACCCUAUCUGGUUAG